AUGACCGGAUAUGCGGGCAUCGUGUAUCGCUCCCCAGACCAACGUCUUCUGCAUUUACCACUUCAAGAGGUCGACGUGAGGGUAUGGAUGGCUGACGUCUCUGCGAGAGUUAUGCUCUCUCAAGUCUUCGAGAAUGACUCAGAGAGCCCUACAAGCCGCGCAAAAUACGUAUUCCCCCUUCCAGUGAGCGCCGCGAGUUGCGCCUUUGAGCUUGAACAUGCCGAUGGGCGCGUUAUAACCGGUGUUGCAAAGGAGAAGUCAGAAGCCGCAGAAGCUUUCCACGAUGCAAUGGAUGUCGGAAAGUCCGCGGGAUUAGUAGAAUUUGGCUCGAUUCCCGCCCGGCAGAAGGUUACAGCAAGAUUGACAUUUGUGAUGGAUCUUUUGGAUGAGGGAAGACAAGAUCAUGUCUAUUUACAGCUUCCAAUGACCAUUGCUAAACGAUACGGCGAGACUCCGGCAGCCUUGCUCGAUGCAUCCACGGCUAAUGAAAGGACGCGCGUUGAAAUCACUGUGGACGUCCAAACCAGUGAUGCGAUACAGGACAUACGCAGCCCUACUCACCGGAUUUCUCUACUGCGAUACAGGAUACGCGCAGGAACAAUAUCUGAACAACGGAUGACCGCAAGGUGGUCAUCUACGACGUUCCUAGACCGAGAUUUCGUGUUGAUGGUAUACGCCCUUGGACUCGACGAGCCUCGGUGUUUUGCCGAAGUCCAUCCACAGCAUGCGGAUACAAUUGCUAUGCGGCUCUCUUUUGUACCGAAGUUCAAAACGUCCCGCGUUGCGUCGCAAGAAUACAUAUUCGUUGUUGAUCGCAGUUCGAGCAUGAGCGGACUCCCGAUGGAGACAACUAAGCGCACGAUGGGAAUGCUCCUUCACCUCUUACCAGACUCGGAUACAACAUUCAAUAUCUUCAGCUUUGCGAGCGAGGUUGAUGGUAUGUGGGAGACGAGCGUGUCAUUCAACAACAGGAACAUGGAGUAUGCGAUCUCGAAUAUACAAGCCAUACAAGCCAACAACGGCAGAACGAAAUUUGCCCACGCCUUGCAGCUUGCAGUGGCAUCUCGCAAUCACAAUCGCCCGACUGUCAUAUUCGUUCUUACUGGUGGAGGCGAACGCGUUGGAGUAAGCCCCCUUCAGAGAGAAGGUAUAUUUUCACGGUGUCGUAGAGUGGUCACGCAAGUCUUGUCCAGAGUCAAGCGCCUGAGGCCGUCGUCCUACUCAAAUUCAUCCACAAACCUCGAUCCAUUCGAGGUUGUCUCAGCGGCUGUCGAUAACUGCAGGCCAAACGCACCAUUGAGGGUAUUCACCCUCGGGAUCGGUGAACAUGCUGCAUCGGCCGUGUGCGAGCGCCUCGCUCGCUCGGGCGGGGGUGAAUGUUUGUUUGCAGUUCAAGCUGAAGACAUGAUUGAGAAAUGUGCAAGGCUUCUAAACGCUGGUCGGACGGGUGUAAUCGAGAGUGUCGUGGUUGAUUGGCAUGGUUCGGGCAACCCACAAGCCGUCAACUUCUUACCCUCGAAUUACCAUCACUCGCUUCCGCCCAGUGUCAUGCAGCUGGAGCCGCCAUCUCCGAUACAGCAGGUUCCACAUAGUGUCACGAAGAUAUUCCCUGAGAUGCGCUUCAACAUCUUUGCAAUCACCACUUUUAGAUCAAUCCCUCCCGAAGUCAGGUUGCAUGCCAAGGUUGAAGGCUUGGCUGAGAUCCUCGAGUUCGUGGUGCCGGUCACGGCAGUUAAACCACCGCUCAAGGAUGAACUUCCACUCCUUCAUACUUUGGCUGCACGGGAACUUAUUAAGCACCUGGCAGAAGGUAGAGCACCGCUUCCAAGACCUAUGGCACCUACCACGAAUGAGGGAGUUCGAAAAGCGGCGAUUGUCCGCUUAGGACUUGAAUACCAGCUUGUGAGUCAGCACACGUCCUUUGUUGCCAUAGAGUCCCGACGCGAGGCAGCGGGAAGCGGGCUACGCCGGACAACACCACAGGAAAGGUCCUGGCAGCAGCAUCACUAUGCAUCUCCACCUAGCGUCAGUGCUAGUGAUGCUGCUGAGGAUUAUGCUCUGGUAGAUGAGAGCAUGGUACAGACGGCUUUGGACGACUUGUCUCGGGUGGUUGAUGCAGUGUUCAGCUUUUUCACCUCAGAUCAGGCUGCUCUGACACACUCGAGACGCCAGAGGUUGCUCCCUGGUACAUAUUAUUCCACUGCGCAAUCCCGUUCGAGCUCGUCGUCGAGUCAGAGUGCACGUCCGUUCCAUCAUGAUAACUCAAGCACGGAUACGUUCUCUACAUUGAGUUCAUUGGAGGGUUUCUCCACCAAUUCUCAAUGGAUCCAUUCUCGGUCGUCCAGCCUACUAUACCCUUCGGAAGAUCCAAUCCAGCGCAUCCCAUCGCCAGUCUUCGACCCAACCCGUGACGCGCAUCUGAGGGCACGACUGCCGGAAGAUGCAGUAGUGUCUAACUCACGCCCACCACCCGUGCCUAAGGAAGUGUACGCUCUUAUCUUGCUGCAGAGCUACAACGGCUCGUUCACACUAUCGCCUCAAUUAGAGGCACUUGUGGGCGUGGAGAUCCUGGAAAAGGCAGCAGAUUUGCAGGUCAAUGAGAAUAUAUGGGCGACUGCGGUUGCUGUGGCGUACCUGAGGCAUCACCUGGGUGCGCAACCGGAUUUGUUGUAUGUUUUGCUGAGCAAGCCUCUGGCGUAUGUUCGGGGAAAGGGAAAGGGAUUGCUGGUCGGACGAAAUUUUUCGCACUUGGUGGCGAUUGCGGGACGUUCUGUGGGUUAG